AUGGCUCCCGUAGCGCGUGCAGCACGAACAGCGGAGGAUCAAAGAGGCACCAGCCCGCAGCCACCAUCGAGCCAGAAUAAUACAACCAGCAACGCAGACACAGUCAAGGAACUACCAGGAGAUGGAAUGAGCUGGUAUCUUAGAUCUUGGCCCACUAAGUCAAAGGCAACGGCUGUUACCGAGGUCGCCCGUGAGAGCAUUUCAGCAGCCAGUGCAGCAACCUCUCAACGCGCACGCUCAUCCACAUCAUUGCGAAGUGCGGCUAAAUCCUCUAGGCCUCCCUCAAUCCAGUUGACAAAAAAGGGGGCAGUAUCUACUAGGUCACUCCCGGCGGACGUUGCCACCACACGGGUAAAUAUUGCUUCGACAGGAAUUUCUCCCAUGCCAAAGGCAUCGCAUAAUAUUGUUAGCAAUGUCCAUAGUGGCUUAAACCCGUCUAACGAUACGAAGAAGGUGGAAGAUGAAUUGAAGAACGAUGAAGAGCUGAAUAGAGAUGAUGAACUGAAGGACAGACAACUUCAGGAACGAGAUACCAGCGAGCAAAAGCAGGAUUCUUCUCACGCUCAGACAGACGUAAAGAUUGACACAAAACAGAAAGAAUCGCAGAAUCAAGCUUCUCGCCCAGUAGGGUGGCUUGAGUGGUUUUCGAUGGCGAAAACAACAAACGAUACGGUCCAAGAAGCACCUAAUCCUACAGUUACAGAGGAACACAUUGCAUGUUCGACCACACCGAAGGUCGAACUUGAGGAUACGGAGAAUUCAGUCAACGUUAACUCCCACAAACACGAUAAUCCAACACCCAAAGAGAACCAAACUUCGCAGUCAAGGUCAUGGCUGCAGUUAUGGGGUGGGACCAAUAUUAGGUCUCAAGCAGCAGCUCCUGAAAUAUCACCAAAUCCCCAAAACAUGAAGGACAGUACGUCUACGCCACGGCCUAAUGAAAUAGAGGAAAAUACAAGCUCCACACAACCCAUAGAUACAGAUAGAACAAGCCAACCUACUAAGGAAGCUAACCAUGGACGUACGGGAUCUGUUUCCGGAUGGCUCUUUUGGCCAAGACAGCAGCCAGAUGCAAGCUCUACUGCCAAGAAAGGUGAAUAUGCGGAUGAGAACGCACCACCUGAUGGAAAUACGAAAGACCAGCCGAAAGCAGCUCUAUUGGCUGAAAAAGUAAAAGAUGCUCCAGUUUCAAAGAAUAACCAUACCAAGCCUUCAACAUCUCAACCCACAACCUCAGAAUCUCCUACAGCAAAUGUCCCCAAGGAACCACCGCUACAACCCGCCAAUGUUUCGACAACUCCCCCCACAAGGAAGGGAGAGCGUGCACCGCCAAAUCAGGUACUCCCGUCCUUCCAGACCACAUUUCCACUCGAGAACAGGCCUAGUUUUAUCGAACAGCUUAGCCGUCUGAUUUAUAAAAAAGGAUCUGAACCAAAACAUGUCUUACGAAGCCAAGCUACUCCUCAGGUAAAAAGGGCUAUAGCCAUUGGUGUCCAUGGGUAUUUCCCUACGCCUCUAAUACGGACUGUUAUAGGCCAGCCCACAGGAACCUCAGUUAAAUUUGCCUCUAUGGCGGCUAGAGCAAUUGAAGAAUGGGCAAAUGAAAAUAACUCAACCUGUCACAUUGAAAAAAUUGCGCUCGAGGGCGAAGGCCGUAUAUCUGAACGAGUUGACUUGCUUUGGAAAUUACUUCUCAAUUGGAUUGAACAUAUUAGAGAGGCUGACUUUGUCCUUGUCUCCUGCCACAGCCAAGGGGUCCCUGUUGCAACAAUGCUAGUCUCAAAGUUAAUAGCAUUUGGUUGUGUAAGCAAUGCGCGGAUCGGCAUAUGUGCAAUGGCAGGUAUUAACCUAGGUCCUUUUGCUGAUUAUAGAUCCCGGUGGAUCAGCGGGUCAGCGGGAGAGUUGUUCGAUUUUACAGAUGCGGAAAGUAAAGUCUCACAGGGCUAUCGGACGGCUUUGAAAGCUGUUCUUGAUUUUGGAGUAAAGGUUACUUAUGUUGGAAGUAUAGACGAUCAACUUGUAUCUAUGGAGUCAUCUACGUUUUCAACCGUUUCUCACCCUCAUAUAUACCGUGCAGUAUUUGUCGAUGGACGGGUACACGCUCCUAGCUUCCUUUCACAUUUAGUUGGUUUUACGAUGAAGUUGCGUAACCUAGGUGUCUCUGACCAUGGCCUGAUUCGAGAACUCAGUUCUCCUCUUGCUGGAAGUUUAUAUACAGGAGAAGGUCAUUCCCGCCUAUAUGAAGACAAGAACGUCUACAAACUCGCAAUAAGGUUCGCCUUGGAAACCACCGUGGUCAACAAUGCAGAUAUCCAAUUUCAUACGAUUAAUGCUCCGACUGCAUCAACUUCGACUGCAAACCCAUACAUACUUCCUUUCGCCAUGCGGGGCGUCCUUGAGGAAGAGUAUGUUCGUCAUCAACUAUCAGAUGAAACUACGGAACUCUUAAAACAGUUCGAGGAUUGGAAACCAUCCACAAAAAUAUUAAAAGAUGUUAAAUUCCGCUUAGAGGGAAUACGGUCAAAACUAUGA